GGCUUGUGCCAUAGCGAGGGAGGGAGAAAGGACGAUACUGGUGUGAGGCUGUUGGAGAAGUCGGGCGGAGGGGUCAGGAGUGAGUCCGAGGAAGGAGGUGAGCAGAACAGCAGCGCUGUAAGGUUGAGCGAUGGCGGGGUCUUUGGCUGCCGACCUGGUCCCUCGGCCGGAGAAACUCCCCGAGGUUACACGCAUGCACAGCAUGACGGAUCGGGUGAAGGGCUCCCUCUCCGAGUACCGCAACCAGAUCAUCCUGCUCCUGUCCCGCUACGUGGCGAACGGGAAGCACAUGCUUCAGCCGCACGAGCUGAAGAAUGAGCUGGAGCGCGUUGCUGAGCUGGAGUGCUUCGCCGGCACGAAGAUCAAGGAGAGCGCUUUCGGCAAUCUGUUGCGUGCCACUCAGGAGGCUGUGGUCAUCCCUCCUUACAUCGCGCUGGCGGUGCGUCCGCGCGUGGCCGAGUGGCAGUACAUUCGUGUGAAUGUGUUCGAGCUGACGGUGGAGCAGCUGAGCCCGUCCGAGUACUUGGAGUUCAAGGAGCGUCUGAAGGCUGCUGAUGAUGCCGCCGCGCCGGUUUGCAGCGACUUCGCCACUCUGGAGAUCGACA